AUGGUCGCCUUUGCCGCCGAGGCACGACACAAUCAAAUUAUCGGCGAAUUGGGAGCAGAACAUCAGGAGCAGCUCCGUGCAAUGUACAAUAGUGGGCUUGCAGAGGUGAACAAGUUGAGGAACGAAUUAGGCAAUGCUAACAUUGCGUUGUCGAUUCAGAGGUCUGAAAUGGGUCAAGGUGAAGUUCGUUUCCAACAAACCGAAAGCGCGAGGGAACUCGCUGUCAUUGAAGCCAACCGGCAAGCGGAAGCUGCCCGUAGAGCUUUAGAGGAAGCUAACAGCAAUGCCAGGCGCCUUCGCGAAGUGGAAACUUCUGCCCGUCAGAAUGAUGCAAUGCGAUCCCAUGAGGUCGCUGACAUGUCAUCUCGGAUGGAUGAACUGAUGAGGCAGCUUCACGCCCAGCGUCAGCAGACAGAGGUAUUGAUUCAGCAGAAUAGUGCAUUAAGCUCCAGGGUUCGAGAUUUCGAAGCUAGAGAUGCUGCUUUGAGGAUUCAAGAGGGAAUUCCACAAGGGCCUCCACCCGGCAUUCCCGUACAUCCCAUUUCCACCCCGAAGCAUGGAGGUGACACUCCUACGGAACAGGCGACGGACGCCGGGAGGCGAACCCCUCCAGAUGGCUCCAGCCCAGGUGGCGGUGGUGGUGGCGGUGGGCCUGAUGGCAACGGCCCCAGCGGAGGCGAUGAUGAUCAUGAUCGUCGCAGUCGGAAGUCCAAGAAGGAUAAGAAGCAUAAGAAGAAGAAGUCGCGCAGGAGAAUGAAAGCCACUGAAAAUGACGACUCGGUUGAAGAUGAAGUUGGCAGGGACUACAUAAUCAUCGGCGCUUGGAUUUUUAGCGGUAUGACUGGAAUCACAACUUCCGUAGACCGUCAUGCUCAGCUGACCAAGUACCUGAUCGCCUUCAUGAAGUCAAGAGGGUUGAAAGAUACCUUUACGUCCAUCUGCAUCAACCAUGGUGGCAAUCGCCGGGUGCAUCGAGACUUGUUGAAUCAUGAUGGCUCGCUCAAUCACACUCUAGGCGUUGGAAGCUAUCAAGGUGGUUCCGUAUGGGUUGAGCGGAAGGACGACUUUCCCGUAUUUCGCAGAGAAGGUGUAGCUGGUGGGAAAUCAAAGUGCGUCAAGGUUACGGGGGGACUCGAAGUCAAUGGAAGAGUAUACGACACUCAUGAUCGAAUGUUAUCCUUCCACCCCAAGCUUUGGCAUCAGGCACAGCCUUGGACAGGUGAUCGAUGGACCAUCACUGCAUACACGAUUCGGGACGUAGACGGUUUGAGCUGGGAAAAGUCAAAGUCGCUAAUGUCGCUUGGGUUUCAGUUGAAUUCAUCAAGACGGUUAUCAUUUGUUCCAUCAUUGAUUACCGGCGACAGCGAUGAAGAGCUCACACUUUACGACUUUGUGAAGAAGAAGAAGAAGGCCGAAGCCGAGAAAGAUAAGGUUCCUGAACCAGCUCCUCCUCUGAUGAAGAGUAAGGCCAAGUCUAAGCCCAGCAAGCCUGAUGCCGGGCGGAAGCCUGAGCCCGAGCCUGAAAAGGGUGCAGACAUGUCUGAUCUUUUUGAUAUUGAGGAGCAUUUCGAUGAAGCCGGGGAGUUGAAAAGUGCCGAGGAUCAGCCACCUCCUCCUCCUGAUUAUACGGAGUACUUUCCUGAUGAAGGUGUUAUUGUUCGCCAUCAUAUGCAGCCUCGCAAAGCUAAGUAUGCUGUUAGCGCUGCGGAAGCAGACGUCUUGAACAUCGGCGACCUGCGGUUGACCGAACGUCAGCUUCUUGGAAGUACUUCUGCAGAAGAACAAUGGGAUGAUGGUUUCCGGGGGGGUAAGGCUUCGGGACUUUGGACGGGAACCACUUACUUGUUUGAUCGUGGUAUUGAUAAGCAUCAUGCCGUGGCGGCUGUUAAGUACCGAAGACUGGUAGACAUGAACUUAUUGAUUGUCGAGUAG